AAUCUCUCUCAAUCUCUCUCUCUCUCUCUCUGUACUACGACGGCCGGCGUUGCGUUCGGAUGUUCUGCAUCUGUUGCUUUCCGAUCUGUGCAUUUUUGGGAGGUGAUUAGAGUUGUUGAUGAAGUUCUUAUCAAUUCAUCAUACUCAGGCAAAUUCAUCUCUUCUUCUAGGAGCUUCAUAUUCAUAACGAAUUGAAAACUGGAUAUAAAGGAUUAAACAAAUUCUUCAACCUCCUAACGAUUCAUGGCAUCAAGAUCAUGUGCAAAUCUUUUGGAUUUUGCUUAUGAGGGUCUACUAGACAUCCCAACUACUCCCAGGACCCUUCCACGUGUUAUCACUGUGCCAGGAAUCAUAUCUGACUUGGAUGGCGAUUCGGAUAUUUCUUCAUCCUCUUGUCGUGAGAGGAUGAUUAUUGUUUCCAAUUUUCUUCCUUUACAUGCUCAAAGGGAUGUCGAUACAGCCAAAUGGCGCUUCAGUUUAGACGAGGAUUCUUUAUAUUUACAAUUGAAGGAUAGUUUGUCACCCGAGGCUGAGGUAAUUUAUGUGGGUUCUCUCAAGGUUGAUGUAGAUGCUUCUGAACAAGAUGAAGUUGCUCAGAGCCUCCUGGAUAAUUUUAAUUGUGUACCAACUUUCCUUCCUCACGAUCUUCUCGAAAAGUCCUAUCAUGGUUUCUGUAAGCAGCAGUUAUGGCCUCUGUUUCAUUAUAUGCUACCUGUGUGUUCAGACCAUGGAGACCGCUUUGAUCGCCACCUCUGGAAGGCUUAUGUUGCUGCUAACAAAGUAUUCGCUGAUAAAGUUAUGGAGGUAAUCAAUCCCGAGGAUGACUAUGUUUGGGUUCAUGAUUAUCACCUCAUGGUUCUUCCUACUUUCUUAAGGAAGAACUACAAUCGAGUCAAGUUAGGAUUCUUCCUUCACAGUCCAUUCCCUUCGUCUGAGAUAUACCGAACUCUUCCUGUUAGAGACGAAAUUCUAAAAGGAUUACUGAACUGCGAUCUCAUUGGUUUUCAAACAUUUGAUUACGCUCGUCAUUUUCUGUCUUGCUGCAGUAGGAUGCUAGGUCUUGAUUACGAAUCUAAGCGAGGGCACAUCGCACUUGAUUACUUUGGUCGUACAGUGUACAUUAAAAUUCUACCUGUAGGUAUUCACAUGGGACGACUCGAGUCUGUGAUGAAUCUAACUGCUACUUCUGUAAGAGUGAAGGAAAUCCAGGAGCAGUUUAAAGGGAAAAAAUUGAUAAUUGGUAUUGAUGAUAUGGAUAUCUUCAAGGGCAUUAGUUUGAAACUACUAGCUUUUGAACAACUGUUGUACCUUCAUCAGGAAUUGCAGGGUAAAUUGGUUUUAGUUCAAAUAGUUAAUCCUGCUAGGAGUUCAGGGAAAGAUGUGGAGGAAACCAUGAACGAAACAUAUAGAACAGCCAAGAGAAUCAAUGAAGUAUUUGGCCUUCCUGAUUACAAGCCAUUGAUUCUUAUUGAUCGUCCUGUUGCUCGUUAUGAGAAGACUGCGUAUUAUGCUGUGGCAGAAUGUUGUAUUGUGAAUGCUGUGAGGGAUGGAAUGAACUUGGUUCCUUACAAAUAUGUAGUUUGCAGACAGGGAAGUCCCGGUAUAGAUAAAGCGAUGGGUGCUGUGGAUGAAAAGAGGACAAGCAUGCUUGUCGUGUCCGAGUUUGUAGGUUGUUCACCUUCUUUAAGUGGAUCAAUUAGGGUUAAUCCAUGGGACAUUGAUUCCGUGGCUGAGGCUUUGUAUUCGGCAUUAACCAUGCCUGAUUCUGAGAAGCGUUUGAGGCAUGAGAAACACUACCAGUAUGUUAGUUCUCAUGAUGUGGCUUAUUGGUCCCGAAGCUUUCUGCAUGAUUUGGAAAGAUCGUGCAAAGAUCAUUAUGCCAAGAGGUAUUGGGGAAUCGGUUUGGGCCUGGGUUUCAGAUUAGUUGCUCUUUCACCGAAUUUCAGGAAGUUGGCCAUUGACCGUAUUGUGUCAGCCUAUAGGAUGACUAGUAGGAGGGUGAUAUUUCUUGACUAUGAUGGUACUCUUAUUCCGCAAACUUCUAUUAAUAUGCGGCCGAGUGCAGACGUUAUUGAUGCCCUGAAUACACUUUGCAAUGAUCCCAAUAAUACUGUAUUCAUUGUCAGUGGGAGGGGAAGAAGUUCGCUUAGUGAGUGGCUGAGUCCAUGCGAAAGACUUGGAAUAGCGGCUGAGCAUGGGUAUUUCGUGCGGUGGAGUAGGAACUCUGAGUGGGAAUGCAGUCUUUCGUCUGUUGACCUUGAGUGGAAGGAAAUUGUGGAACCUGUGAUGAAAUCAUAUACGGAGGCGACUGAUGGUUCUAGCACCGAGGUUAAAGAGACUGCAGUAGUAUGGCAUCAUCAUGAUGCUGAUCCUGAUUUUGGAUCCUGCCAAGCCAAAGAACUUUUAGAUCAUUUGGAAAGUGUUCUUGCAAAUGAACCUGCAGUUGUUCUUAAGGGUCAAAAUAUCGUUGAGGUCAAGCCACAGGGAAUAAGCAAAGGUCUGGUUGCUGAGAAGGUUCUUUCGACUAUUAGAAAUGGUGGGAUGCGCCCAGACUUUGUGAUGUGCAUUGGAGAUGAUAAGUCUGAUGAGGACAUGUUUGAGGGAAUAAUAAACACUGUUUCUGAUGCCAAUCUCCCAACUCCGCCACCAGAGAUAUUUGCAUGUACAGUGGGAAGAAAGCCAAGCAAGGCUAAGUAUUAUCUUGAUGAUGUUACUGAUGUCGUUAAACUGCUUAGAGGCCUUGCCAAUGUUUCAGGACCAAAACCUCUCCAACUUUCAGAAUUACGGGUAUUGUUUGAUAGUCCGUCUUGAUAUGGAUGAUGAAUAUAGAAUGAUUUGAUGUUCAUCAUAUAUUGCUGUCUUUAUUUUCUAUAAUACACAUCAAAAUUGAUCAUUGCAUAAGAAAGUUUACCAUAAGUGGUGUGGUAACAUACUAACAUUGUUGAUUUCUCUUGAGUAACUUGUAAAUAGCAACACAAAAUGCUGCUUUUCCCCUUGAAGAUUCAGUUUCUGGAUCCAACUGUAAUUGUUUCUUUCA